AUGCUCGGGUUCGUGCUCCCUGACCCCGGUGCGGACAUUGGGUGGCAGUACAUAGAGAAGCUGCUGAUGAAUAACAAGCUCUCCAAUUUGCUCCUUGGAGACGAACCCACCUCCGGAGCUGAUGGUUGUGGUAAAAUAAAGAGUCUCUCCAUUAAAACUCCAAGUCCAAUGGAGGCUCUGAGUGGUUCCUGUUUGUGGAUCCCAUGCACCUAUAAAGUUUCACCACCACAUGACAUAAACACUGCAGACAAUGUCACUGGUAUUUGGUGUAAAGAUCAUCAUGACUGUCAUACAGAUUCACAGUAUAUGUUUUCAGUCAGUGGAGACCCCAGUAAGUCUUAUCCCAUGAAUAUCACUGGGAACCUGAAGAACAAAAACUGCACCACAAUGUUUUAUAAUUUAAACAAAACCCAUUAUGGCACCUAUUUCUUCGGAGUAAAGUACAGUUGUUUUCAGGCCACAGAUGUUCAAUACUAUCUACACAUAACAAUUAAAGACUCUCCCUGGAGCCCCACAAUAGAAGUCUCUGGUAAACAGACAGAGACAGAGAUGGUGACUAUAACCUGCUCAGCUGUCACUCCCUGUCCACACGCCCCUCCUCAGCUCACAUGGGACCUCCACCAAGGCACUGCCCACAUCACAGAGACCAGCGGGACAUUUACCACUAAAAUCACACAGAACAUCACUCUGACAGACGCCCAUGAUGGACUAAUAAUAAAGUGUAAUGCAGCGUAUCCUGUGAGUGGACGAUUAAAAAUGGCCGACAGUAACGUGACUCUCAGUGUCUCAUAUGGUCCUAAAGACACCUCAGUGGAGGUCAGUCCGUCCGGUUCACUGUCAGCAGGUCAGUCAGUGACGCUGAGCUGCUCCAGCAGAGCCAAGCCUCCUGUCCACCACUUCACCUGGUUCAGACACAGCUCACAGGGACCAGCCAAUGUCAGCCAGGGACACACGUACAGCUUCAACCUCACUGAAGAGGGACAGUACUAUUGUGUGGCCUCAAAUACACUUGGAAACCAAUCAUCUCCAGUCAUUACACUGACUCAUUACGUGAGUUCAACAGUGGAUCUUUUGUCACCAAGCUGCUUGGCAAUCGCCCCGUAG